CGCCCCCAUUCCACAGCUCAUAUUCAGUAUUCGCCUCUUCAGUACUCUUUUUCUCUCUCGAAGUUUCAGACCAUCUCUUAACUUUUUCUCCAAUCCAAUGGGUGCCAAGAUCAAGAUCGGAAUCAAUGGAUUUGGAAGGAUCGGGAGGUUGGUCGCUAGAGUUGCUCUACAGAGAGACGAUGUGGAACUCGUUGCCGUUAACGAUCCUUUUAUCACAACUGAUUACAUGACCUACAUGUUCAAGUACGACAGUGUUCACGGCCAGUGGAAGCAUGGCGACGUGAAGGUGAAGGACUCUAAGAGCCUUCUUUUUGAUGAGAAGGCCGUCACUGUUUUUGGAUUCAGAAACCCAGAGGAGAUCCCAUGGGCCGAGACCGGAGCCGAAUACAUUGUUGAGUCCACUGGUGUUUUCACAGACAAAGACAAGGCUGCUGCUCAUUUGAAGGGUGGUGCUAAGAAGGUUAUCAUCUCUGCCCCCAGCAAGGAUGCCCCCAUGUUUGUUGUAGGAGUCAAUGAGAAGGAAUACAAGCCAGAGCUUAACAUUAUUUCUAAUGCUAGCUGCACCACCAACUGCCUUGCUCCUCUCGCCAAGGUUAUCCACGACAGAUUUGGAAUUGUUGAGGGUCUGAUGACUACUGUUCACUCAAUCACUGCCACACAAAAAACUGUUGACGGGCCAUCUAGCAAAGACUGGAGAGGUGGAAGAGCUGCUUCAUUUAACAUCAUUCCUAGCAGCACUGGAGCUGCUAAGGCCGUUGGCAAAGUGCUCCCUGCACUGAAUGGAAAAUUGACCGGAAUGUCUUUCCGUGUUCCUACCGUCGAUGUCUCUGUCGUCGAUCUUACAGUGAGGUUGGAAAAGAAGGCUUCUUAUGAGGAUAUUAAGGCAGCCAUCAAGGAAGAGUCGGAGGGAAAAUUAAAGGGAAUUUUGGGCUACACUGAAGACGAUGUUGUGUCCUCUGACUUCGUUGGUGACACCAGGUCAAGCAUCUUCGAUGCCAAGGCUGGAAUUGCAUUGAACGACAACUUUGUGAAGAUUGUCUCGUGGUACGACAAUGAAUUAGGAUACAGUUCUCGUGUUAUCGACUUGAUUGUCCAUGUUGCAUCUACCCAGUAAGAUGACUUGGCUUGAUGAUAGAGGGUUUCAGCUUCCAUGGUUUGUUUUUGUUGCUUGUUUCCAGUACUAGAGACUCAGCGCUGAGUGAGAAUAUGAUGAAAUAAAAUAAGAGUUUUCAAGCCAGCCGGUGAUUUCUUUCAAGUUCUUAAGUUGUACUGCUGUCUGUUCUUUUUUGUUGUGAUUAUGAGGUGUGGAUUCUUCACCCCCUUGUGUGUAAUGUUUUUGAUGUAGCAAGCAAAAACUCCAAACUCGAAAUAGAUUAUGCUUUUUCCAA